AUGGUGCCUUUCAUUCAUUCUGACAACGAUGCGUCUUACGCGGAGUACCAGGGGGACCAGUUCUCCGAGUCCAGGGAGCCGAUGCUGCCGGACAACUCCACGCUGGAGCCGCUGGUGCUGGGCGAGUCCGUGGCGGCCGUGGUAGCGGGCGAGAAUGCGUUCGUUGAGGCUACGCAGGGCGAAUACAGAGAUGAUAUCGUCGGUAUGGAGCCGAGCUACCUCGCGGACUGGACCAGCUGGUACGAACUUCCGACGCCGAGGGGAUCGCAGGACAGCUACGUUGCCGGCCUGGGGAACCACUUCGAGUUGCCGUCAACUUACACCGACUACAAAUCAUCCGAUCAAUUCAAGGUGUCGGAUCACUACUCAGCAUCUGAGCAGUACAGCACGCCGGAUCAAUACUCACGGCCUGACGCAUUGAAGUCGCUGGACGCUUACAUGCUGCCAGGUGUGUACAAGGAGGACGAUGUGUUGCAGCCGGCGGAUGUUGAAGGCGACUUCGGUAGGAGUCAGAGCAUCGGCUUGGAGAGCUCCUUGUACCACCUGAACCCGUAUGAAACUGCCAUGAGCAGCUUGGGCAGUUUCGAUGCGUGCAAGAACUCGGCUUCAAGUUCGUUCGAUCGAAGAGAGUUUGUUGGGGGCUUCGACGCCAUAUCGAGCUCCGUAUGCAGCAGCUACGAUACCCCGAGCCUGCACUGCCCUGCGUCCGAGGUGCCUAGCGUUGGGUCGAAGUAUCGCCGUAGCAAAAGCCAAAACGUGGAUAUGGGCUCGCAAGCGCUCUCCUCGCUGAACGAUCCGAGUGGUUACAUGCCCCGCGUGAAGGUGUCGCAGUUAAGAGGUUCUACGAAGGUGCGGGGGAAGCGCGGACUGGGCAGAGUGAGCACGGACGACGUUGCCACUUUCAACACGCAUUUUGAGGAGUACAGCAAGGUGUUUAAACGUAAGAUGGAUUCUUCCAUCAUGUUCGACAAUGAUGCGUAUGAGGUUCCGAGCCGAAGUGCCCUGAGCAUGUACGUACGUUCGGGCGAUUCGUCGAGCACCGUGGCGCCGACGCCCGCUACGCCAGCAACUCCGGCUACUCCAGCUACACCGGCGACGCCGGCAACUCCCGCGAGUAUCUGUUACUACGACUCCUCCUCUGAGACGCCCAACGUGCCGCAGCUGACCGGUCUCGGCAACUUGGAGCCGAUCUGCAGCCACGACGGUGCCUACGUCAUCCGCAGCAAGAGCGUCUCCAGAACGCCGACCAUAAACUCACCGUACAUGAGUGCCCGUCAGCAGAGCUUCGUUGAGGCCACUGCGGACCUGACGACCUACCAAAGCGAUUUGUGUAGCUCCAUUGAUGGCGACCACGUCAAGGUGGACGUCGUGGAUUCCGAAAUCGUCUACAAAGCUGAGGAGGAACCUUUAAAUGACUUCCCGAGGUCACCUAUUGAUGUUUUGGUCGAGGAGAGGCGCAGAGCAGCUAUGGCCGAGCGGCUUGUUGAUGUGCCCGUCAUGCACACCAGGCACGGGUCCUACGCGAAGAACAUCGGGGGCAAGAGGCACGUUGGUCUCUACGGUGACCGCAGAGCGUCCGUACGCGGCGGCGAAUAUGUCGUGAGCUCCAUUGAUAAGGAUGGGUCACCGGUAUUAACGGUCGUGGGCUCCCUCCUUGAUAGCGAUAAGUUCAAGCAUGGCGGCGUCGACGGAUUGGACCAGUUUGGCGGCAUCGUGGAGACCAUGAAGGAGGGUGAAACGGACAACCUCGACGUCGAUCUGUUCACCUUGCAGCAAUCGUUCGACGGCAACCACUACAUUGAGGACCUGGGGAGUCAGUACGACCUGACCUGCGAAGUGGCUCCCCCAGAGGAAACGUACGUAUACAUUCGCAAGAUCCAGCAGGGCGAAACUGCGACCCUGACGCUGCACAAGGAGAAGGUUGUCGCCACCGUGACGGCCACCAGCAGCGAGCUCAACGACGUGCUGCUGGCGUGCAGCACCGGUGCGUCCAACUACCAACCGACGGUCAAGUGGGACCAAUCGCGCCAGGCGUACGUCGUCACCUGGUGGAGCAGCAACGAGGAAGGCGCAAUCAAGGAUAGACAAACCAGGGCAUUCGCUGCCGCCACGUACGGGAAGGCUGCGGCCUACGAGGAGGCCGUCAAGUUCGCCAAUUUCGCGGAGACGCAGAUCAGACCCGGCGCCCUGAUUCGGUGGUACCCCGGGUUCAACAUACCCAUCGGCACCAGUGGCCGCACCAACCUCCGGAAGGUGUUGCACCUCGACCGCAUGAAGAACGCCGAGCUGUGCGACCCCGUGCUCGCGGCUAACGGCAUGAAGAUUGCCGCCAAGAGCACCUUCGGGGACAUGACCAUUGUGGAGCUCUACAAGGCCGCCUACGUGCUGGGGCUGUGGGACAUCGCGGCGUACAACUGCCUCAAGACGUGCAAGAGGCGCGGGUACUCCUACAGGUGGGUCCAUCAGCUGCAGCUGAAGGGCAGGCGCGUCACCCUCGACGCGCUGAAGUACCUCCGAAACGUCAGGGAGUCGCUCACUGUGAACAAGCAGUCAAAACGCAACAAUCGCAGCAUUACGAGGCGUGCUGGGCGCGACAGAUCGUAA